ACCAGACCUUACAGGGCAAUCAGUAGUACAACCAGCAUAUAGUGGAACCUGGAACUUUGCACUCCAGAUUUCCAAUAUGAAAUGCAGAAAUGCACCGAGCAGGUAGCAGCGUUUAGCUCAGCCUCUAGGUAAUUGGACACCCACGGGUGACGAUCCCCACUGUUCGUUUUGUUUAGGCAGGUGGUCUGCUUACUUGCUUACAUAUCUUUUUCUCGAAAGAGCGCUGCUUGACUAGCUGACUGUUCUUACAAGUGACAUCAGUCGAGCGAGCUUUUGAGCGGAUUUCAUAUAUCGAAAUCCUUCCAAACUUUCGAAUGACUUCGAAGGUUUGUCGUGAUUAUCGACGCUGCGAAUCAGUAAAAUUUGGUAGAAUUUGAUACUAAUACUCGGAGUAUCGAACCAGAUUGGUUUUGUACUAGUCGAAACCGAAACCACCUGCACCUUUGGCGGUAAAACCGCACGAGAAAAGCAAGCGACGCCGAGGAGGAGCAAACAAACGGCAACCUACCUACCAUAUACGAGUCGGACACGGAGCGAGCAAGUCGCCGGAGUUCUUGGUCCAACUCCCCAUAAGAGCAGCCGGCCGGAAGUUGGACCACACGCUCCACUCCAAUCCAACUCGUCGUCGUACGUCUCCCUCCUCUCGCACCGAACCAAAUCCCCAUCGCGCCGCGGCGGUGGCGAGGCGUGCGUACGUACGUGAUGCCGGGACCGGGGGCGCACCUGCUGUACGCGCUGUCGGGCGGGGCGGCGCUGUCGCGGCUGGCCGGGGCGGCGCGGUUCGGGCCGCACCACUGCGCCGUCUACGCCGCCAACGCCUUCCUCGGCCCGGACCUCGGCUCCUUCGCCGAGUGGCUCGCCUCGUUCCUCCCCUCCUCGUCCUCGGCCGCCGCCGCCGUGGGGGACCUCGCCAUGGGCGUCGUCCACCACCCGUUCUACUACCCGCUCCUCCUCGGCUUCCCGCUCGCCUGCCUCUACGCCUGGCUCUCCCGGCGGCUGCUCCUCGCCGGCGUCCUCGACGAGCCCUCUCGGGUGGCACUAAGCAGGAGACAAUGCUUCUACCUUAUCACGGCAGGCUCGCUCUCCCAUUUCUUUUUGGAUCACUUGUUUGAGGAGAAUGGGCACUCUACGAUGUAUACUUGGAUUCUGAGCACUGGUUGGUGGGUAGGCCGUGCUCCUAUCAAUUCGGAUGCAGUGGUUAUUGUAGGCCUUCUUUGUAUUUGCCUCGUGCUGGGGUUUGUGUACAUUAACAGAGUGAAGCAUGAAAAAUCAGCCACUCAAAAAUCAAACCAAUCUUUCUUCCUCAUCGUGGUGAUAGCUAUCUUGUACUGUAUGUGGUGUGCCACUCAGAUAUACCUGCGAAAUCCACCUCAACCAGCCAUAGGUGAAGAGGCUGAUCUUGGAGUGAUAAUAUUUGUUGCCAUUUACCUUUUUCUCCCCCAUGGCUUGUGUGCCCUGUCAAUGAACCAGAAUGAUUAUGCUGAACUGGAAGGGAUCCAACUUCGAUAAUGUGCCAUAUGGUGGUGUACUUUUAUCCUAAUCUACAAAGAACAUCAUUUUUUGAAGUCUGCUCGCUCCUCCAUGUUGUAAUCAUAUUUAUUUUCUAAUAAUAAUUGGCUAAUUGCCAGGGAUUUAUGUUUUCUCUAGUGCAAAAAUACUUCUAGCGAAGACUUAGGAGUUAGGAUUAUGGAGUUCAGGAUGAUACUGGCACUGUAUUAUCAGUUGUGAUAGCAAUAAACUUCUAUUGGCAGUGGUGUUCAAAACAUCCCAGCAAGUUCUGUUUUCCACUUUAGAAUAUACAUUUCAAAGUUAUGAUAUGAUUUGAAAAAGCUUACCCUGGACAUUAUCUUUCCUAA